AUGGCAGACGCCCAACCCAGAGGCCCCUACAGACUUGUCACAGUCAACACUGCUCCUGAGAGGGCCAAGAGACUGAUUGGUCGAUUGAUCGAAGCUCUCAAGGAUCACUAUACCAUCAUCCAUGUCGAUAACUGCGAAACAAUUGAAGAAGUCGAGCCCAAAGUCACAGAACACCAACCUGACGUCCUGUUCUGCGCAUCAAUGUGGACAGCCGAACAAUCGGCCGUCAUCUUCGAAACUGCAAGAAAGAUUCGCCCUGGCAUCAAGACACACGCCAUCCCUUAUGGAUUGCAAGUUGAGCGGGGUCCCGAUGCGAUUGUUGAAUAUUUGGUGGAGAAUGUACCCAAGUUGUUGGAUGCUGAGUAG